CUUGUGUUUUGUGUUGUGGUCUUCUAUUAAAGUUGAAAGUGAGGUUAAAAUCGGAAAUGUCUUUUAAACAGGAUUUAAAACAACUUUUAAAACCUUACUAUAUAUUUAAUAUACUCUUGAGUCUCUCCUAUGUUUUUCUAAAGCGAAUGCCAGGACUAUGCAAUUAUAUCUUUGCUUCAGACACCUGCGAAUUUGAGGGGCGCGAAACUGAGAUAUUAUUCUUCCUCAUUAUAGUCAUAGCAAUGCGAACUAGGAAAACAGGAAGCGUUUCAAUGAUAAAUUACUUGUCUUCUAGUUUUAUUUACACAAAAAUUGCUAACCUAAUAUUGUGGUUUAGUGCGGAUUUUUUGAUGGGAAUAAUUUAUGGAAUAAUAUUUAUAUUGGGUGCCCUCAUCUUCCCCGAACCAACAUAUUCCGGUCCUAGCAAUGUAAUAUAUUUCCGAGACCUGCAAGGUCUAGAAGAAGAAUUAUCUAGGAAUAAAAAAACUACAUGGCUAGUAGCGUUUUAUACAGUGUGGAAUCCGGCUUGUGUCACAUUCGCUCCAGUCUUUGCAAAAUUAAGUACAGAGUUUCACCUAGAGAACCUCAGGUUCGGUAAAAUAGACAUCGGGCGUUAUCCCGAAGCUGCAAAGAAGUACCACGUAAACGACGGCAGCCUGAGCAAGCAGCUACCCACAUUAAUACUAUUCGAAGAUGGAAAAGAGGUUCUUAGAAGACCUACGACGGACACAAAGGGGAAAUUGAUAAGUUUUCUAUUUUCUGAUGAUAACAUUAAGAAAGCAUUCGGUCUUAACGGAGUGUACGAAAACUGCAGGAACGAGCUGAAACGAAGUAAUAAGUUGCACCAUAAAAGCGAUUAGUUUUUAUUAAUACAUUUUAACGUAUUCGACGUUGUUUGAAAUUAUUUAUUGCUAGUUUUGUUUGAAAUGUAUGAGUGCAUUGUACAGUCUGCAAAAAAUUACAAAAGCUUGAUGUGAGUUUAAAAUUUAAAGAGUAAAUAGAGAUAACAAAGUGUAAUCUGUUUAUUUGGCUUGAAAGUAAUAAUUGUAAAUUAUUUUGCUACGAAGAAUACUCAGAAUGUUUAUUCAUUCCACCGAUUGCGUAAUUUUUAUUGCAUUGUAUUAGGCGUAAUCUCAACAAAUGGUGGCUCUAUAGUCUUAAAAAAUAUAACAAAAUAUAGAAAUGUCCGUUUGUAGUGUUUUAAAAAAUAUUAUAUUCGUGUCAACGUUUGUUUUUAAUUGUCCACAAUUUUUCUACAUAUUGCCAAUCGUAAGGCAAUUAUAAUAAUCAGUUUUCAUAGUUUUAUAUGAAAUUUUAGUUACUGUACUGCCUCCUAAC